AUGAGCGAUAAAUUCUUAUGCCCUGUUGCCAGAGGCAUGAAGGAAUUGGACAGGUCAGUUUUCCAGAAGGAUGUCAAAUUGCUCGUUGCUAAGCUCCCCAACCCUAGAUAUGUAGGUGAGUUUGUCAAAGUAUGCAAAAAUGAGCUAUUGAACAUCCCGAAUGUCAAGCAUAUAGUCCCAAUCGACGAUGUUAAAGGUGUCCUCCUCCGUGAUGAUAUCGAUGAUCCUGACACAUAUCAAACCUUUCUUCCUGAUGAAGCUCUUGAUCUUAUCAAAAAACAAAACAUUGAGAUCAAGCCCUAUACUUUGAAGCUUGACUACCACUUUUGGAAGGCCGAUGACAUUCUUCAAGCCAUCUUGCCGGAGGAUUUAAUACAAGAAAGUCCUUCGGGGUACGCUCAAGCUGGUCAUAUCGCACAUCUAAAUUUACGCAAUGAAUUCAAACCAUACGGCAGUUUAAUUGGGCAGGUUAUAUUAGAUAAAAAUCCAACUAUCAAGACGGUUGUUGACAAGCUUGACACGAUUAGCAACAAAUACAGAGUUUUUGAUAUGAAACUCAUCGCUGGUGAAGACAAUUUUAUGACUGAACAGCACGAAAGUGGAUGUAAAUUCAGAUUUGAUUUCAGCACUGCUUUUUGGAAUUCACGCUUGAACACUGAACACGAGAGACUCAUAGGUCAGUUUAAGCCAGGAGAUGUGGUAGCUGAUGUCUUUGCUGGUGUUGGUCCUUUCGCUAUUCCAGCGGGCAAGAAGAACGUCUUGGUCUUGGCCAACGAUUUGAACCCCGAAUCCCAUAAGUUUCUCACGGGAAACGCAGAACUCAAUAACGUGCUGGCAUUUGUAAAGGGAUUCAACCUAGAUGGCCGUGAGUUUAUUAGGCGCUCGCCCGAAUUCCUAUUAGAUUGGAAAAAGGGUGAUGGCAAAGUAGAGCAACGAAAAACAUUGAAAAAAAGAAAGACGAAUUCGAAGGGGCUAGAUGGUGCACAAACCAAGAUUUUCGAAGUCACUGAGACCCCAAUACCGUCUUUUAUCUCCAACUAUGUUAUGAAUUUACCAGGAACAUCAAUUGAGUUUUUAAACGAGUUUGUGGGCUUAUAUUCCCGGAAUCUGGAUGUGGAGAAUUUGGUCAGAGCUGAUGAAAACUUCAGGCUUCCUACUAUUAAUGUCCACUGCUUCGAAAAGUUCUCCCACGAUGCUCCUGAACCUACUUUAGAUGAACUUCACAGGAGAGUACAUGCACGUAUCAUCGAGCAAAUCAAUUUUGAAUUGCCCAUCCUGGAGUUUAAUUUCCAUAUGGUACGUAAAGUGGCUCCAACAAAGCCGAUGUUUUGCGUGUCAUUUGUACUUCCCGAAGAAGUAGCUUUUAAAAAAUAG